AUGUUUUUUAAAGUUUUGCUCCUUUUAACUUGUCAAGUUGGUCUUGCCCUCGCAACAACCGAACAAGAACACCAUGCACAGCCCACAAUAGCUGCAAGCCAUUUGGAACUCAGCCUGGCAGAGGCUCUGGAAAAUCCUCAGAGGGAACCUGACAAUGCCAAAAAGGGUAAAAGGACUGGGGACAAACCAAUGGUAGAAGAAGAGGUCAUAGGAUUCAAAGUUGUUUGUUUCCCCUUUUCAUUUUGUCAUGUUUUUAGAUUAGGGACUUUUGCAUGGAUGGAAUGCACUGCUGGCCUGUAA